AUGCCCCAACUCUCCGGAGGAGGCGGCGGGGGGGACCCGGAACUCUGCGCCACCGAUGAGAUGAUCCCCUUCAAGGAUGAGGGCGAUCCCCAGAAGGAGAAGAUCUUCGCCGAGAUCAGUCACCCCGAAGAGGAGGGCGACUUAGCCGAUAUCAAGUCAUCCUUGGUUAACGAGUCCGAAAUCAUUCCGGCCAGCAAUGGGCAUGAGGUGGUCAGACAAGCACAGCCCUCUCAGGAGUCCUACCACGACAAGGCCAGAGAACACCCGGAUGACGGAAAGCAUCCAGAUGGAGGCCUGUACAACAAGGGGCCCUCCUCCUACCCUGGUUACUCUGGCUACAUAAUGAUGCCAAAUAUGAAUAGCGACCCAUACAUGUCGAAUGGAUCUCUUUCUCCACCCAUCCCGAGGACAUCAAAUAAAGUCCCUGUGGUGCAGCCGUCUCACGCCGUCCACCCUCUCACCCCCCUCAUCACUUACAGCGACGAGCACUUUUCCCCAGGAUCACACCCGUCGCACAUCCCAUCCGACGUCAACUCCAAGCAAGGCAUGUCCAGACACCCUCCGGCUCCUGAAAUCCCCACCUUUUACCCCCUGUCUCCGGGUGCUGUCGGGCAGAUCACUCCACCCCUCGGCUGGCAAGGUCAGCCUGUAUAUCCCAUCACGGGUGGAUUCAGGCAACCAUACCCAUCCUCACUGUCAGGCGACACUUCCAUGUCCAGGUUUUCCCAUCAUAUGAUUCCUGGUCCUCCUGGUCCCCACACAACUGGCAUCCCUCAUCCAGCUAUUGUAACGCCUCAGGUCAAGCAGGAGCACCCCCACACUGACAGCGACCUAAUGCACGUGAAGCCUCAGCAUGAACAGAGAAAGGAGCAGGAGCCCAAAAGACCUCACAUUAAGAAACCUCUGAACGCUUUCAUGUUAUACAUGAAAGAAAUGAGAGCGAACGUCGUAGCCGAGUGCACGCUAAAGGAGAGCGCGGCCAUCAACCAGAUCCUGGGCAGAAGGUGGCACGCCCUCUCCCGGGAAGAGCAGGCCAAAUAUUAUGAAUUAGCACGGAAAGAAAGACAGCUACAUAUGCAGCUUUAUCCAGGCUGGUCAGCAAGAGACAAUUAUGGCAAGAAGAAGAAGAGGAAGAGAGAGAAGCUACAGGAAUCCACUUCAGGUACAGGUCCCAGAAUGACAGCUGCCUACAUCUGAAACAUGGCGGCAAAAGAAGCUCAUUCCCAACGUGCAAAGCCAAGGCGGCGACCCCAGGCCCUCUUCUGGAGAUGGAAGCUUGUUGAAAACCCAGACUGUCUCCACAGCUUGCCCGGCUGACCCCAGGAGCACUGACAGCCUCUUUACCCUGAGGUCACUGCUAGAGACGCUGACCCACAGAGACAAGUCACUGCCGGCCCUCCCUCCUGUCUCCUGCAAGCGCCGACUUCCAAAAGCAAGCCGAAAAACGCUUGUUUCUGAAAAAGAAAAAAGAAAAAAAAAUGCCCAUGAGAAUGCUAGCAGGCCCUGCCCGCUGAGCAGCAUCGCUUCCGGUCCCUGUGUGCACUUCUCUUCCGUGCAGACUUGUCACCCUUCAGCAAGGACAGCACCUUGUCACGUGCCACCAGAGCCAGGGACCAGAGCAGCCAUCAGCAUCCCGGCGUGAGAAUUGUGGAAGACUCCUCCCGUUUCUGUCUUUGUUUUCCUAUCUCCUCCGAGUUUUUAUUUAACAGUACAAAAGGAUCAAGCUUAUGUUUGCUUCUUUUUUUUUUAACUCGAAUUUUUAAAUUUACUUUUUUUCCCAUUCUUAUUUUCCUUGUAUAUUUUGCUAGCUCUGAGCUUUUAAAUGAAAUUCAUAGGUCUGGAAGAGUUUGGAAUGAAAACAAGAUGAGAAGAAGCCUUCUGUUUUUCUGAGCGAUCUUGCGUGGCUUCUCUGUGACACACGGUGGCCUCUGUCCCGUUGAAGUGUCAGAUAGAGCUAAACAAUUAGCCAAACCCGCUCUCGUUG